UGAUUAUCAAAAGUGGUUUCACGACAAUCUUUCAACUUUUUGCGAAAUAAAUGAUUUCCUUAAACGAAAAAAUACGAAACGUUUUUGGUAAUAUGUUCAAUGUUUUAUUGACACUAUGCUGGAUGUGUGGACCCACUGAAAUGACGAAUACAAAAUCAAAUUGGCUGUCAUUAACCGACGGUUUUUGUCAUCCAGUGAGAUUGUGUUAUUAUUAUUAUUAUUAUUAUUAUUAUUAUUAUUAUGAACUAUAUUUCAACACGGUACAAUUUCACCUAUACUAAAAUUAAUUAUGUACAAGAUAUAAAAAGAAAAAAAGGUGAUCUUCCAACCUUAUGUGCUUCUUUUUAAUUUUUAGUCAAUAUCAGACUGUUGAGACUUUUCAAGACAUGGGUGACUGUGGUGGAGAUUGCGGCGAAUGUGGUGAUUGCAAUUGCGGAGACUGCAAUUGUGGAGACUGCAAUUGUGGAGACUGCAAUUGUGGAGACUGCAAUUGUGGAGAUUGCAAUUGCGGAGAAUGUUUGAAAUCUAUUGAUUGUUGUGGAUUACAGUGUGCCCCAUGUGACUUGAAUAUUGGGUCGUGUGAUUGUCUUAAAUCAUGUGAUUGUUGCAAGUCAUGCGAUUGUUGUGGGCUAGAGUGCGACUGUAGUUGUUUCAAGUCUUGCGACAUACUUGGUCUAUGUGGCUGCAAAGGCGACGAUGGAACAUGCAACUGCUGCGCUGGUCCUCCUGAUGAAGAUCGUCACGAAAGUUUUUUCUGUUUCUGCUGCGAGGUAAUAUUUCUAAAAAUGUUAGCUUUGCGGGAAUGUUAACACAUGCUGGAAAUACAGGAGACAUUUCGGUAGAAAUAUAAACCGCGAUAGCAAUGUACAUGUUAUGGAUCACAGCAUGCAUUAUGUGAGUCCAUCUGCCGUUGAACUCUCCGACCAGGAUUCCGAUGAAAUCUAUACGAGUCGCGUUUUUUAUUUUGUUUAUUGAAAAAUACCUAUCCUGGCGAAUAGCGCUAUCCGGUCUUCGUAUACCUGCCCUGGUGCAUGUUAAUGUCGUUUUACUGUUUUAAUUUUCAAAUAACAUAUAUUAAUUUAGGAAUAGAAACAUUUUAUCCAACGAGUUUUAACAAUACAUUUUGAACUAGCCAACGUGAACAGAUUAUAAAUUGCUGCAGUAAACUAUCGAUACUUUUUUGGAUAGGUAAUUCCACAGCAAGGAGUGCAAUAGACUUUAGAAUUGCCUACGUCACGUACAGGGGGCUUCUUUCAAUACAGGGGGCUUCUGGAAUGCACAAUGCAUUGUGGGAUACUUGUUAUGUGUUCAAGCGUGGAAAUCUCACACUCCCUGUGUCAUAACUCUUUGAUAAAACACAAUAAAUCUAACAAAGUGAAGGUCUUGAAAGACAAUUUUUAAGUGGUAAAAUAUACCCAAAGAGGAUUAUAAGAUCCUGUGAACAUUAAAACGCUAAAAUCCUGUGAACAUUAAAGCACUUCGUCAGAAGGUAUAUGCAGCAAACGCCGCCACUCAAUAGACGCGAACAUAAGUAUGAUAUAAACAUGUAUGAAGGGAUAAUACGCCUUACGCCUUGGGGAAUAUAUUAAACAAACUAUUAGCCGUGAACCCUUCCUCAAGGAGCAAUAACCAUUAACCUCGGCAGUUCAAAAUUGACGACAACGAAAUUUUAGUCCGGAAUUAAAAUGAUUUCUAUAUUUUCGUUUUAUCUGUCUUCAUUGUGUCGUGUGAUUUGUUGCGACACUAAUUUUGCACUGGCUGUUUCUCUCCCGGUGCAAAUCCAACUCUGUAUCAGGCAUUAGGCGGUUACCACCGGUAGAACUGAACAAGAAUGCAGUGUUUGACCGGAUUUUUCCUCAGUGACAUUAUGCACGCAUUUGUUUACCCAGAUGACUGAUUAAGUGACGUUUUGUACCAUAUUUAAUUUUCCAUAUCAUUACGAGUGUUAAGAAUAGUGAAUUGUAGACUCGUUUGAAUUUACAAAGCAAGCCGCCAUUUUGAUUUUUCAAAUAAUUACACUCCUCUUAACCAAUCAGAUUGCAGUAAUUUUGAAAGCCGCCAUUUUGUCAUAUAUGCAUGUCUCUCGUAUUGUUAGGUAUUCGACGUUUGCUGCUUUGCAACGAGUACAGCACCAACUCCUCGUACGAGCAUGCCUCCAGAACAUCAAGUCAUGUAUCGAGGGGAAAUUGGGAUGGUAAAGAAACAAUGUCCAGAAAAUGACACGACGAUGGACCUAGAUAUUAUAAAUGUAGACCCUGAUCCUCCACCACAACCAACCGAGAUGACAUCGCAAGUUUAACGUGCUAUCUACAUGAUACAGCUUUGCCUGAGGCCGGUUGUGCGAGUGUCAGAUAGCGCUAGUUUCUACUUUUCUAAGAUUUUCCGUUCAUUUGUAUAAAAUUUAGUAUUUAUAAACGAAAGUUUCUUCUCAUUAAUUGUCGUGAGGUUCAACUUCGCAGUUUUAUAGCCUUUCAAGCAAUUUGCAACGGUUAAAAAGGAUAGUGCUUCGUACAACCGGUCAUGAUGGAGGCGGGGUAGCCUGCGUUGCAGGCGUUUAUUCGCUUGCUGGCGGCGAGGGCGUGGGGAAAAAACAAACGCCUGCCAUAAUGACAUUGUGAAAAGCGUUUUUGGCCCUUUUACAGUGAAAGAACUUUGCACGUUAUCCAAUCAUCGUCAAGAUUUAUCAUUAGCAUCAUGUAUGUUCUUUCGAGGCAAAUUACAAUUGCUUUCUUUCCAUAUCCCGUUGGAAGUAUCACGAGACCGUCUUCACCACGCAGUGAAUUGACUUUUUUUGUUCUGAUUUUAACUGAAUUUUGAGACCUAACCUUUUCUCGCCGUCCUCGCGCUCGCUAGCAAAUAAACGCCUGCUAGAGGCCGAGUCGAUCAGUUGAGGUAAUAAUAAUAAUAAUAAUAAUAAAACUUUAUUUAAUGAGGGAUUACACUGAUUACUUAAUACAGUAUUCUUCCCAAUGGCCCUCGAUAUCUAAUAGUAAUAUAUAAAAAGAAAAUCCUAUUGAGAGUAACAUUGACAAUGAGUAAUAUUCUUACAAUCGAUGCAGCGGAAUUUAUUAACGUGAUCUACUUCAUAAUUCAAUUGAAUAAAGUAGGUUUUGAGCUUCUUUUUAUAGGAAUAAAUUGAAUGAUUUUCAAUAUCUUUUAAUUUGGAAGGUAGAGAAUUAAAUAAACUUGCACCACUGAAGGAAAUUUUGGAUUUUGCUUGCGUAGUCUU